AUGCCUCACGAAAUUCCAUCAAGAUCUGGGAUACGAAUACCGGACAGCGAUGAUGUGAGGAUCAUGGAUAUCAAUUCCAGGCAACGACUACAGCUAUUUGAAGGCCAUAGUAACGAAAUUCAUGCCGUUGCAUUGUCUCAUGAUUCAAAGUUUCUUGCCUCUGCUUCACAUGACGACACUAUCAGGAUCUGGGACAUCAGCAGUGGCAUCAGUCAAUGCCUACAGACACUCAAAAGCUAUUUCAUUGCCAUCAGAUUUAACUCGACCGACUCAUGUCUUGUGACCAGUAAAGGCGCCAUUCAAUCAUCAUUUUCUGAGCCAGAGCCACAGAUAUACUGUGGCUACCAACAGGAUACCGCCCUCACUCUCUGUUGCGUUGUUCCGCUUUGUCCCGUUCAAGUGCUUGCAUUAUUGGCGUAUCUGGAAAAAUCCUUGUACUCACCUGGGCAGAUUUAA